UUCAAUUCUAAUGAAAUGAAGGUUCCUACCAUAGAUUUCUGCAAGCCAGAGCUAAAACCAGGCACUAUACAAUGGGACACCACAAAAUCUCUAGUUCUUCAAGCAUUACAAGAAUAUGGUUGCUUCAAAGCAAUAUAUGAUAAAUUUCGACAUGAAACUAAAGAAGGCAUGUUUUGUUGUUCAAAAGAAAUAUUUGAAUUUCCAUUGGAGACUAAAAUGAAAAACUUGUCAAAGAAACCAUUUAGUGGCUACUUAGGGCAGCUUCCAACACAACCAUUAUAUGAGAGUGUAUGUAUUGAUGACUUGCUCCAACCUGCAAGUGUUGAAACCUUUGCUAAUAUCUUCUGGCCUGAGGGAAAUCCUGACUUUUGCAAUGUGGUAAAGUCCUACUCAAAGCCACUUGUGGAAUUGGAUGAGAUGGUGAAAAGGAUGGUUUUGGAGAGUCUAGGGCUAUAUAUUUACGUUGAUGAAUUCUUGGAUCUCAGCUCUUUCCUUUUGCGAUUAACCAAUUACACAGCAGCUCAAGGUGAAGAUGGGAAUAAACUUGGAAUCGGUGAACAUACAGAUGGUAACUUCUUGACCAUAAUAUCCCAAAAUCAAGUUAAUGGAUUGCAAAUUCUCAAGAAAAAUGGAGAAUGGAUUGAUGUUAAUAGUUCAUCAAAUUCGUUCGUUGUUCUAUCUGGGGAUUCCUUCAUGCAUGGGACAAAUGAUCGAUUAUAUUCUCCUCUCCAUAGGGUAUCAAUGGACGGAGAUAGUGAUAGGUUCUCCACUCAGCUAUUUGCAGACCCAAAACCAGAUUGCAUCAUAAAGCCCCCAAAACAAUUUGUGGAUAAAGAACACCCUUUACUGCCAUAUGACAUUCUUGGAUAUUUUGAGUUUUUCAGGACAAAAGCUGGACGGGAAGAUGGCGCCAAUGUUCUUAAGGCUUAUUGUGGUGUAUGA